UGUUGGAGGCAUCAUUAGCUUCGCAGCUGUUAGCAUUGUGACAGCUUGCUUGGGUGUACUGUCAGAUCUGCGCAGCUACUUCUUCCUACUGGAGAACUUUAUUUAUCUAUUGAAGAACUUAACUGUGUCUGAAAGAGCAAAAUGUUGUCCUAUCUUAUAAGCCUAAUCCGGGGGAGCGUGGAUAGCAUCAUGAACUUCAUUUUCAGGCUUCUAUUUGCAAAGCGGAGACCUGCUAUUACCUUACAAGACCCCAACAUAAAAUAUGCUCUACGGCUUGUUGACAAAGAGAUUGUGAGCCAUGACACAAGAAAGUUUCGAUUUGCUCUUCCUUCGCCUGCUCAUGUCCUUGGUCUUCCCAUAGGUCAGCACAUCUACUUGUCAGCCAGAAUAGAUGGUAAAUUGGUUGUACGUCCAUACACUCCUGUGUCCAGUGAUGAUGACAAAGGCUUUGUGGAUCUAGUGGUAAAGAUAUACUUCAAAGAUGUUCAUCCAAAAUUCCCUGAAGGUGGAAAGAUGAGUCAGUAUUUGGAAAGUCUCAAAAUCAAUGACACUAUUGACUUCAGGGGGCCAAGUGGUCUUCUUGUGUACAAAGGAAAAGGCGUGUUUGCUAUCCAGCCAGAGAAGAAGGCUCCUGCUGAAACAAAAACAGCCAAACAUCUUGGCUUGAUAGCUGGAGGGACAGGAAUCACCCCUAUGCUACAAAUCAUCACAGCCGUGAUGAAAGACCCCAAUGAUAAGACUGUAUGUCAUCUGUUGUUCGCAAACCAAACUGAGAAAGAUAUUCUUUUGAGAGCGGAACUGGAGGAGAUACAAGUAAACAACCCUGACCGGUUUAAGCUGUGGUUCACAGUGGAUAAGGCCCCAGCCAAUUGGGAGUACAGCCAGGGUUUUAUUAAUGAAGACAUGGUGAGGGACCAUCUGCCCAGCCCCGGUGAUGACACCCUCAUUCUAAUGUGUGGACCGCCACCUAUGAUCCAGUUUGCCUGUAAUCCCAACCUAGACAAAGUAGGACACUCAGAGAGCCGUAGAUUCACCUUCUGAGGAAAAGGAAAUUCCUUAACAGAUGCUGCCCCUCAAACAUAAUCGCACUAAACAUAUUUGCACUAAAUCAUAUUUACGCUGUGGUGUUUAUAUUUCAAUGGAAAGAAAGUGUGGACCAAUUUUUGUCACUAGCAAGUGUUCUUGUGUGGAUGACGUCAGUCAUAUAUGCAGAAAGUUUAUGGAUGCAAGAGAAAAGAUGCCAAAUCCAAUGUUACCUGUCCCUCUGAAGCCUUAUUUCAAUCAACAUCUUGUUAACACAUUGGUUGGGGCUUUACAACUUCAGCUUUUGAGUGCCUUAACACUUGCAGAGCUUUUUAUGCAUGAUGAAAUUAAUUUUACUGCUUUAUUUUCACAUUUUGUAAUGUGUUACGGCUGCUGUGCUCUUUACUGGGUAUAUAUUUAAAAUUUUCAUCAUGUUGUAUAUAAUGUUGGCACAUGAUGGCAGCAGUGUAGCCAUCUUACGAUAUGCUUAGACUUAAAAUUUGAUGUGUCACAAUUUAAUUCAGAUUUUAAUUGUGUUUAAAGUGAGCUCUCAACAUUAAAGAAACAAUUCAGUGA